AUGCCUUCUGAUACAAACACAUCUUCCCCAAAGACUCUUUACGACAAGGUCUUUGAGGACCACGUUGUCCACAAGGACGACUCGGGCUCCUACUUGAUAUAUAUCGACAGACACUUGGUCCACGAAGUGACCAGUCCUCAGGCUUUUGAAGGCUUGAAGAACGCAAACAGAAAAGUCAGAAGACCAGACUGUACUCUCGCCACUGUCGACCACAACAUUCCUACCGAUUCCAGAAAAAGCUUCAAGAACCUCAACAGUUUCAUCAAACAAGACGAUUCCAGACUCCAGGUGCAGACUUUGGAAGACAACGUGAAGGACUUUGAUCUCACGUAUUUCGGUAUGACCGACUCCAGACAGGGUAUUGUGCACGUUGUGGGACCAGAGCAAGGUUUCACCUUGCCAGGAACCACCGUUGUUUGCGGAGACUCACACACCUCUACCCAUGGUGCAUUUGGUGCCUUGGCCUUCGGAAUUGGAACUUCAGAGGUCGAGCACGUUUUGGCCACACAAACUUUGAUCCAGGCCAAGUCCAAGAACAUGAGAAUCACCAUCGAGGGCAAACUUUCGCCAGGUAUCACCUCCAAGGACCUUGUUCUUCACGUCAUCGGAGUUAUUGGUACUGCCGGAGGAACUGGUCACGUGAUCGAGUUUGCCGGAGAGAGUAUCAGAGACCUCUCGAUGGAGGCCAGAAUGUCCAUCUGUAACAUGGCGAUCGAGGCCGGUGCCAGAGCCGGUAUGAUUGAGCCAGACGAGACCACUUUCAACUACAUCAAGGGCCGUCCGCUUGCUCCAAAGGGAGCCGAAUGGGAAAAAGCCGUCAAGUACUGGAAGUCGCUCAAGUCCGACGAGGGCGCCAAGUUCGACUACGACAUCAAGAUCAAGGCCUCCGAUAUCGUGCCAACCAUUACCUGGGGUAAUUCUCCUCAGGACGCUCUUCCAAUCACCGGAAAGGUGCCAGACCCAGUCAACUUCUCGGACCCUAUUGCCAAGAGCGGUGUUGAGGCUGCUUUGAAGUACAUGGGUCUCGAGCCAAACACUCCAUUGCAGGACAUUUCCAUCGACAAGGUGUUUAUUGGUUCUUGUACCAACUCGCGUAUUGAGGACCUGAGAGCUGCUGCCAAGGUUGUUAGAGGACAUAAGAAGGCCGACAACGUCAAGACCGCCAUGGUUGUUCCAGGAUCCGGUCUUAUUAAACAGCAGGCCGAGAGAGAAGGUCUCGACAAGAUCUUCGAGGCUGCUGGUUUCGAAUGGAGAGAAGCCGGUUGCUCGAUGUGUCUUGGUAUGAACCCAGAUAUCCUCAACCCAUAUGAGAGAUGUGCAUCCACCUCGAACAGAAAUUUCGUCGGUAGACAGGGUGCUCUGUCCAGAACUCACUUAAUGUCCCCAGCCAUGGCUGCCGCUGCCGGUAUCACUGGUAAAUUCACCGAUAUCAGAAACUUCAAGUACAACGAGGAUCCAGCCCAGCCAAAGAUCAAGCUCGACUCCCAGGACGAAAGCCAGGCUUUGCAGGAGGCCGUGUACGAGCACGAGAAGGAGCCUCUUGCUCCAGGCGAAUCUGCCGACGAGCAGCAAGAGGACGAGGUCAAUGACGUGCCUCCAUCUGAUCACGUGACCAAGGAGUCGGUGGACGCGAGCGCACCACCAUCUGCGGGCGGAGCAGGCAUGCAGAAGUUCAUCACCUUGACGUCGAUUGCCGCUCCUCUCGACCGUGCCAACGUCGACACCGACGCCAUCAUUCCGAAGCAGUUCCUCAAGACCAUCAAGAGAACCGGUUUGAGAGCCGGUUUGUUCUACGAGUCCAGAUUCACCCAGGACAAGAACGGAAAUGACGUUCCUACCGACUUCGUCCUGAACGUCGAGCCAUACACCAAGGCCCAGAUCCUUUGUGUGACCGGUGACAACUUUGGAUGCGGAUCGUCCAGAGAACACGCUCCAUGGGCUUUGAAGGACUUUGGUAUCAGAUCGAUCAUUGCCCCAUCUUUCGGAGACAUCUUCUACAACAACUCGUUCAAGAACGGAUUGCUCCCAAUUAGAGUUCCUCAGGAGAUCAUCAAGGAGAAGAUCUAUCCGUUUGCUGUUUCCAAGCAGCAGAUCACCAUCGAUUUGGAGAAGCAGCAGAUCCUCGGACCGCAAGACGAGGUUCUUGUCGAGCACUUCGACAUCGAGGAGUUCAGAAAGCACUGUUUGUUGAACGGUCUGGACGACAUCGGAAUCACUCUCCAGAAAGGAGACUACAUCGAUGCUUUCGAGGCCAAGAGAAGAGACGUGUUCUCCUUCUUAGAAGGAGGCUCCAAGCUCAUUGUGCCAGCUAAGGGCACCAAAGAGUCCAAGUACGGCGUGAAAGCGCAGGAAUGGUAA